GGCAAUGUCUUAGCAAGUAUGAUAGCGCCUUUUUCACCUCAGAGAGGUCCCUUCAAUUAAUACGGUGGUGCUGCUGGCAGCUGAGAGAUAAACUCUUAAGUGAAGAGGUUGCCCUCCAGGCAUCGAAGAUUCUCAUGGCCAUUUCUCGACAUUUGAAUGGAGAGCAAUUCCUAUUUUUGGUUGAGAAAUUAGCAAAUAUCUGCCGUUUCGAAAUUGUUCGACAGCCCAACGUCUCGUUGAAGCGUUCCACUUGCUUCAAAAUGGCUGCAGCACUUAUCAUCAACGAGGACGACGCUUCGAAAUUAGAUGUCACGGCAGAACAUUUCCUUCCUUUACUUGUUCGUGAAAUGAACAGAAAAUCAUCCAAAGACACCGAAGAACUAUACUCUAUCUCCAUGGAAGUGGGUGAAGUUUUCAAAACGAAAUUAGGCGAACAGCGGUAUUCUACUCAGCUAGCGGAGUGUCCAAAAAGCUGCAAUUAUCAAAACGGAACUGCGGAAGCGGAAAGCGAAGGUGAUUUUGAUACU